ACUAGUCUGUGAUCUCUACUCUCUACAGAUACUAGAAUUUGAUUGCUAUUAAUUUGUCAUAAAUAUAUUUUAUUUCUGCUUACAGUUACCGCUAUAGAUGUUUGUUCUUAUUUUUGAUAGUGCUUUCUAAUAUUUAGAAAAAGAUUAUUGCUCCACUCAUGAACAUAAAGCAAGCGUUAAAAAAAAAUAUUUCGCGACAGAGUGGCUGGCGGUUGUCUCAUCUCGAUUGACUGUUUUUUUUCUAACUUGAUAUAUUAACUUGAAACAAAGAAUUGUACUUAUUUUCGAAGGCCUACGUCAUGCGAGAUAUUGAAAAAUGGAUGAAAGUGUGAUGAUUUGCCAUGACCGUCAGUACCUAAUAUCGGACAAGAGUUCGGAUCUGACGGUGCAAGCUCUUUGUGGAUGGACGACACCCUUCCAGUGUCUCGCGAGCCUGUUCCGACACUCAGCCCCGACGCGGUUACGCCACCCCGGCCCUCCACAGCAUACCCUAGCCAUGUCACCACUGAUCUUCCCUUUAUAAGCAACAUGGAAGAAAUAUCAUUUUGGAUCACCACCAAACAAGCACCUUGCCUAUAUAACUAUGACAAUGUGAUAAAAAGACAAUGUGAACAAGCACAACGCUCCAAACCCAAAAGUGUUCAAAGUAUGCUAUUAGGGAUCUCCCCCAAGAAGAAAAAGAAACGAAAGUUGUCUUUGCUCGAUGAUGAAUCUGUAUCUACAGGAAAACAACAAAAUGUAUAUUUUGAUUCUUCUCAAAAUAAGACUCAGCCUAUAGUGUUGGACAGCUGUAAAUCUGAUACCUUUGGGUCUGAUUUAGAUUUCAAUAUUAAAAGUCCAUCAAUGAGAAAUAAAUCAAAAAGAGCUAAACUGAAUAAAUCUAAUAGAACAACUGUACAUAAGAGAAAUAAAAUUGCAACUUCCACUCCUAAAGCAGCAGGCACUUUGAGGAGAAGCUUACGUAAAACACAGAGGAAUAUUAAAAACAACAGUCAUCUUAAUGACUCAUUUGAAGUGUUUAAUUGUGAAAUAAUCAAUAGUAAUAAUACUAACAACAUUGAUUCUGGAAAAGAAAGCGCACCUAAGGCUAAAAAAUCCUCUGCAAUAUUCACUAGUGGGGAUCAAAGUAGUCCAAAGCAAAAAUUCAAUAAAACAGCUAAACUAAUCAGAUCAAAUAACGGUCAAUUAGAUGAUAUGAGCGAUGUGUCUGGUUUUACUGCUAAUUAUAUACGAUCUACCAAAAUACAUUCUUCUAAAAAAUUGAGGAUUACAAGCAGCAAACGAGGCAGAAAUUUAAUGAAAGCAUCACAAGACAUAGGUAAAAAACAUGACAAUUCAUUGAUAAUUUGUUUAAAUAAAUCUGUGAAUACUGGAAUGUCCAAAGCUCCCUUAAUGAAUUCCAGUAUGGAUUCAUCCCAAAAUGUUUUGAAUUUGGUGACGCUAAAAAACAAUGACAAAUCUACAAAGGUAAGUAGAAGCACAUCUCUAUUGAAAUUCAUGGAUGCAAGAAAUGGAAAUAAUAAAUCUUCCAAUAAUAUGGAUGACAAGGGGAUAGCAUCGAACAACAUCAAUGUUUCAUUUAAUUCCAAAAGUAGUAUCACAUCAAGAUAUCCUAUUAGGCACAAGAACAGUUUAGCUGACGGUAUGUCUCCAAUUAACUAUACAAAAAAAUGUUCACUGGUGGUAGAUAAUAGAGUCGAUAAAAACACAAAUGAUUUUAAUGAUUCAGAUCGUAAAGAGAAUCCAGUAGAAAAUAUGGUGUCAAGAACGAGGAGCGGCAAGUGUAUUGGUCUCAUGCUAAGACAACCUGAGAACUCUGUGUUAGUUCUCAGCAAUUCUGUAGAUCCAGUGAGCUCUUUAACUAGUAUUAAUGUUGCAUCACCUAAUGUUCGAACAGGGAGCAGAUCUAAAAGAAGGGGUUGUAUGCUAACAAAAGCAUUAGAUAGUGCUAAGAAGAAAAACAGAAAUGAACACAGAGGAUCUCUGAGAGAUAAAAGUGGUUUCACAGCAUGUUUUUCAGAUAGCGAUGAGGACUAUCUACCGAUAAAACAUAAGAAAUUUUUCUGUUAACACAUCGCAAUGAUUGUAAUAGUAAAGACUGUAAUUAGAUAGUAUCAUUUGGGAAUCAUGCAUAUAAACUGGUUUUUGGAUUAUAAUAAAAAUAAUACUUGUAGUCCCUUGUAGUAUGUUUGAUAGGUGUGUUAUGGUGCUGGCAGCUUUCCCUGAAAAGGUGUUUGUCUGUCUGUUCAGUGCCUCUUUCCAGCUAUUGCAUAUUAUAUAAUAUACUCAAAUAUUGUAUUGGUAAUCUAUUUUGGUCAUGUCCACAUUUUGUGAUACACAAUAGAUUCAAUGUAAAACAAAUUCAUUUAUUGCUGAUUGAUGCAUGUGUGUGUGACACAAAUGAAUUUUUGUUUUUUAAAUUGUUUUAAGAAGUGCCAUUUUAUAUUUAUAAUGUUUAUAGAUACCUAUCUAUUUCCCCAUGACUGUAAUAUUAAUUAGUUACUAUUUUAAAACUAGGAAUAGAUAUUUAAAUAUCAAAAUUUUGUGUAAUAUAUUGCUUUUAUGUAUUUAAUUUUGCAUAUUAAAUUUAUUGUUAUGC